AUGUCGAAUAAAGGUAAAUUAGAGGAACUCGAUAAAAAGUAUAAUGUUAGGCCACUUGAAACCCCCUCGGCUUCUAAGCUUGAUCUUGAACCUUUGGUCUUAAAAGAUAUCGAUCUCUCAUUAUUUGAAGAUGGGGAUUCCUUUUUAAAGCAAAGAAAGAGGUUGGCUGGUAUCUUAGAGGAAUCGAUCACUACAUACGGAUUUUUCAAUGUAACUAAGUUCGGUUUUCCUGAAGAUAAAAUCGAAAAGUUGAAAUCAAUUAGUCAGAGUAUUUUAGAGUUACCAUGGGAAGAGAAGUUGAAAUAUUUAGCUAGUGCUCCACGUAAGGAGGAUGAAAAAGAGGGACAAAUCGGAGGAGAAAGGGGCCAAGGCUUUAAGCCUAAAGGAUAUUGGCUGAUAAAAGGUGGUGUUCGCGAUUCGAUUGAUCACUACAACUUUCAAGACUCAUGCCACGAUGAAUUUUUAGCACAACAUGACAAGCAUCCCGAGCUUCUUGCUGCUCACUUAUCAGAUUUUGUUGAAUAUUUCAAUCAUCUUCAUAGGGUUGUGUUUCCAAAAUUACUUCGCUUGUGCGACUUGAUUUUAGAUGUACCUGAAGGAACUUUACUCAAUAAUUAUUUCAAGAAUGGUGGGACCAAUUUAGAUAGUUCAAAAAGUCAUGCGAGGUUAAUGAUGUAUUACCCUUACAAUAAUGAAAAUUUUUCAGAAAAGACCGAAAAUACAUUCUUGAGGGGUCAUUCGGAUAUCAGUGCUUUCACCUUCAUAACCUCUCAGCCUGUUUUAGGUUUGCAAGUUAAAGACGUCUUUAGCGGAAAAUGGCGAUACGUUGCACACAGAGAACAGUCACUUAUUGUCAAUAUAGGAGACGCAAUGGAAUUUAUCUCAGGUGGAUAUUUUAAAGCAUGUCUUCAUCGAGUAAUAGAACCACCUAAGGACCAGGUGCAAUUCAAGAGAUUAGUUCUCAUUUAUUUUUGCAAUCCUGAAGCUGAUUCUGAAUUAGAUCCUGAGUUGAUUCAUUCUAAAAAAUUGGAUUUGCUUGGAUAUAAUAAAUCUUCCAGGUUGAGAGAAUGGGAGAAAAUCCUGUUUCAGGACUGGAAUACUGCUAAGGGUAAACUCUUAGGUAGAACCGAUGCUGGAGAACGUAACUUGCUUAAGUAUUUUGGAAGACAGAUUGAGCGUUGGCACCAUUUUGAAAAGCCUUUGGAACAAAGCUAUUAG